CGCAUGAAAACCGGCCUGCGCAUCGCAUCUGCGCGUCAGCCGAGUCACGCAACGCACCGGAAAUCUACCUAGCGGCAGCCAAUGAAAUGCAGGCCUCAGUUCAUACACCAUCCGGUCUUCCGGUUAGCUACUUGCUGUUGGACGGCGUGCACCACAGUCGAGGAUGGCAACAUCGUCCAAGAAGUUGCAAAGAUUUUGGGAAAAUGAUAGCUUAAUUUGCGAGGUUAAGAGGAGACCUCCCCUUUGGGACAUCCGGCUUCACGAGUUCCGCGAUCUGCUUCUCAAAGCCACUCUUUGGCAAGAAGUCUCCGCAGCGGUGGGGUGCACAGCGAAGCACGCCGCAACCAGGUGGCGGACACUACGGGAUACAUUCUUCCGCAAAAGUAAAGAACAACAAGCUUCGCAGAGAAGUGGCGCGGCUGAAGUCGUAAAAUGCAAAUGGCCACAUUUCUACAAAUUGAUGUUUCUCAGAACAGUCAGCGUAUCUAAACGUACAAAAUCCGACUUGGAGGGCACUGAGAUUGAGGAAGCACCACACAUGCAGAGCAUUCCGCAAACACCUGAAGAGAUGGUUUCUUCUUGGAUAAACAAAAGCCACGGGAAUGAAGGUGUGGGUGGCUCAGAAAGUCAUGCAGCUGAGGACACAUCACCUGCAGGGGAUCCAGAAGAAUUCACGGAUUCGUCGAGCAGCCAGUCUUCUGCAAAAAGCUACACUCCAAGUAGCUCAAGGAAAAGGAAGCAGAGCCCCAGUAGUGAGGGUUACACGGACAGAGUGAUAGGCGUUCUCAGGUCUGAAUUAUGGGAAUCUCCUCCAGACCACAUUGAGCACUUUUUGAUGUCACUGCGCGAUGAGAUGCGGAGAUGCCCAGAGCGAUUGGCACUCCAAAUGAAAAUUGAUAUUCUCAGGGUUAUACAAAAAUAUGUACACGAGAAUUGAUAUUUUGUUUUCACUCGCGGCACCUACGUUAUCGCGCUAUUUUUAAAGAGGUUUGCGACACGUUUUCACAGUUAUACUCGAUAGAUGUAACAGACUGUUGUCUGCGUUGAUUUUUUAUCUAUUUAUUUCUCAUACGGGAAGGACCCCCUAUA